AAAAUCUUAUGACUGGAGACGGAGGGGCAUUUGCGUAACUUAGAGACAAGUUGGGGCAGUUACGCUACGGCACCUUUCCAGGAAGGGCACAUUAGCAUAUUCCUAAAUCCCUAAUCUUAAUCCUCCAUUGGACCCUCCGAAUUCUCGCUGUGGUGGGCCCGGAUUUCGAAGGGAGUGGCAACCCCGAGUGUGCCAAUAAACAUACGCCACGUGUUGGGCCUCCAGAAUUGAACGGACCAAGAUCGUCCCACCGGCCAUCACAACUCCAAAGUCUCCCCGACUCCCCCGCCUGCUCUAAAUCUAAUGGCAACAAUGGCACGUCAAUGAGAAAAAGCCAGAAAACAAAGCAGACGUAGCAGCUUGCAGUUGCAAGAAGCGGCGACGCGUAAUAUUCGGCCUGAUCCAGGCUCUCCCCUUCCCCCUUCAAAUCCUUCCCCCCUUUCCUCCUUUCCAUCCUGCAUUCUUUCCCAAGGUGCGUUCAGCUCUCUCCCCUCUCUCUCUCUCUCUCUCUCUCUCUCUCUCUCUCGUUUCGAUUAGUUUUGAGGGUUUCGCAAUUCUUUUUUUUAUGAUCUACUGUUACAUCGAUCGGGAUCUUCAAUUUUGGUGUUUGCCUUUCUCUAAUUAUAUCGAAAUUCUGAAGCUUUCCGUUUAGUGGUUUACCGCUAUUUCUCUGAUUCUCCAUCCCGUCUAACAACUCCCCAUUACUUGUGUGUAUUUCGUAGUUCCCGGCGAAGCUUAUUUAUUUUCUCUAUGUUUUAGAUAUUAGUAGUAAGUUUGAUGACUGAAUUGAGUUUGUGGGCUGAAUUAUGCGUUAGAUUUUCCCAAAGAUUCGUUUGCUGUCAAAGUUUAGGAAUUUCUUGGCGUCUUGGCAAAGGGUUUGUGUUUUUGCAAUUUCGUCUUUCUGGGUUUCCUGGAUUAUUAUUUGGGUUUUGUUUUCCCUGGAUAGGAUGUCUUAUGGUCUGUGAUUUCCCCCUGAUGUUAACUUCCUCUUUGUGACGUUUUAGAUUCGGACGCACUGACCUUCAUGAAUUCAACAACCGCUGGAGCAUCCACAGUUUCCUGCAGAUCGGGAAACAACAGCAACGGCAACACCUUGUUCUUCUGGAUUCUUUUCUGCUUGUUGCCAAAGUUCCUAGGCACUCCUAUCGUCUACGUUAGCUUCCUUUUGAUUAAGGCCAUUGACAAGUGCUCUGGAGAUAUCACGCCUUAGUUUCCCGUCCUUCUGAGCCAUCUGCAGUUGGCAUCCCCUAUAGUAGCUGACAUCCCAAGCCAUCUGCAGUUGGCUUAUUACUAUUCCCUUGUUAAAAGAACUUAAGAAGCAUGGUUUCCUCAACUCUACCUGGUUUGUCCAGGGGGGCUAGGCCCCAAGUAUACAAACCACUGCAGAGCAAGUUGUUGUUUCCUGUGAACCCUCCGGAUGCUGUUGUCACCGACCACUUGGAGCUAGACUUCGCGGAUGUCUUUGGCCCUUUGCCAGUGCAGCAGGCAUCACUCGAAUCCUCCAACUGUGCUGAUUUUGCUAAAUCUGAUGCAGCGGAACUUGUCUAUGACGAUCCUGUUGUCAUUCACAACCGUUCGCAUUCAUUGGUUGGCCCUUCUUCUUAUGUCAGCCAAUCGCUGAAGCUCAACAAACUCACUCUGCAUGAGACGGAGGGCUCUGAGGUACUUGUGGAGUGUCUGCAGGAAGAAACCAUUAAGGAGCUCCAGGAAUCAUCCGAUGAUGAUAUUGUUGUUGACAGUGCUGUCAGUGCGGGGUCCAUGAAUGGCCGCACUGUAGGCAUUGAAGAUUUUGAGGUUUUGAAGGUUGUUGGCCAGGGUGCAUUUGGGAAAGUUUUCCAGGUUAGGAAAAUAGGUACUUCUGAAAUCUAUGCGAUGAAGGUUAUGAGGAAGGACAAGAUAGUGGAGAAGAAUCAGGUUGAGUACAUGAAAGCCGAGAGGGAUAUUCUCACAAAAGUUGACCAUCCCUUCAUUGUCCAACUCAAGUACUCUUUCCAGACCAAAUAUAGGCUGUACCUUGUCUUAGAUUUCAUAAAUGGAGGGCACCUGUUCUUUCAGCUUUAUCACCAAGGGCUUUUCAGAGAGGAUUUGGCCCGUAUUUAUGCCGCUGAAAUUGUUUCUGCUGUGUCUCACCUCCAUGCAAAUGGAAUAAUGCAUAGGGAUCUGAAACCUGAGAAUAUCCUAGUUGAUGAAGAGGGGCAUGUCAUGUUGACUGAUUUUGGGCUGGCGAAGGAAUUUGACGAUAAUACUAGAUCAAACUCAAUGUGUGGAACAGUUGAAUAUAUGGCACCUGAAAUUGUUCAAGGGAAGGGCCAUGAUAAGGCUGCUGAUUGGUGGAGUGUUGGCAUUUUGUUGUACGAAAUGCUGACUGGAAAGCCCCCUUUCAUUGGCGGGAACAGACAGAAAAUUCAGAUAAAGAUAGUCAAGGAUAAGAUGAAGUUGCCAGCAUUCUUGUCAAGUGAAGCACAUAGUCUACUUAAAGGGCUGCUACAGAAGGAAUCCUGCAGGCGGCUAGGAUGUGGAGCUAAGGGCAGCCAAGAAAUCAAAGAUCACAAAUGGUUCAAGUCAAUCAAUUGGAAGAAGCUGGAUGCAAGAGAAGUCGAGCCAAGCUUCAGGCCAAACGUAGCUGGGAAGCACUGCACUGCCAACUUUGAGAAGAAAUGGACCGACAUGCCAUUAUCCGACUCGCCAGCUGCUAGUCCCAAGAUCACUGUUGCAAACCCCUUUGGCGACUUUACUUAUGUGAGGCCUGCUGGCUCUUACCUUCAGCAGGGCAGCCUCUUAUAUUAAUUAGCAUGACGGCUUAUGUUAAACCCACUGGCGAUUACUCUUCUCUAGUUUCACGAAUCGUGAAUGUUAACAGGUUUCUAUCUGUGGACAUGCCAAGUAGUUUUUUUGUACUUCACCAGAAAAAGCUUUACUGCUUUAGUGAUGGCUAAUGAAACAAGGGCCUAUCUCUUGACUUGUAAUUUGACUAUGGUUUUGAAGUGAAUUUCCGGUGUCCUCAUUUGGCUUUGCAGUAAUUAUGUUCAUUGCAUCUUGGUUCUGGUAUGUGCCAUUAACGUAUGAUAAUUGAGAAUAGAUGACAGAAGGCGUU